CCGCGCGCGGCCCCUUUGUGCGGCCGCGGCCAUGUGGGUGAACCCCGAGGAGGUGCUGCUGGCCAACGCGCUGUGGGUCACCGAGAGGGCGAACCCCUACUUCAUCCUGCAGCGGAGGAAGGGCCACGCGGGCGACGGCGGCGGCGGCGGCGGCCUGGCAGGUCUCCUGGUGGGCACUCUUGACGUGGUCUUGGACUCCAGUGCUCGAGUGGCCCCUUACCGAAUCCUGUACCAGACUCCCGACUCCCUCGUCUACUGGACCAUCGCCUGUGGUGGCUCCAGGAAGGAAAUCACCGAGCACUGGGAAUGGCUCGAGCAGAACCUCCUGCAGACGCUCUCCAUCUUUGAAAACGAGAACGACAUCACUACGUUUGUGAGAGGGAAAAUACAGGGCAUCAUUGCAGAAUACAACAAAAUCAACGACGUGAAGGAAGACGAUGACACGGAGAAGUUUAAGGAAGCCAUCGUGAAGUUCCACCGGCUGUUUGGGAUGCCUGAGGAGGAGAAACUUGUCAACUAUUACUCUUGUAGCUACUGGAAGGGGAAGGUCCCCCGGCAGGGCUGGAUGUACCUCAGCAUCAACCACCUGUGCUUCUAUUCUUUCCUGAUGGGGAGAGAAGCCAAGCUGGUGGUACGGUGGGUGGACAUCACGCAGCUGGAGAAGAACGCCACGCUGCUGCUGCCCGACGUGAUCAAAGUGAGCACGCGGUCCAGCGAGCACUUCUUCUCCGUGUUCCUCAACAUCAACGAGACCUUCAAGCUCAUGGAGCAGCUGGCCAACAUCGCCAUGCGGCAGCUCCUCGACAACGAGGGCUUCGAGCAGGACCGCUCCCUGCCCAAGCUGAAGAAGAAGUCUCCCAAGAAAGUGUCCGCGCUCAAACGUGACCUCGAUGCCCGGGCCAAGAGCGAGCGGUACCGCGCCCUGUUCCGGCUGCCCAAGGACGAGAAGCUAGAUGGCCACACCGACUGCACCCUGUGGACGCCGUUUAACAAAAGGCAUAUUCUGGGCCAGAUGUUCGUCUCCACCAACUACAUCUGCUUCACCAGCAAGGAGGAAAACCUGUGCAGCCUCAUCAUCCCACUCCGGGAGGUGACGAUCGUGGAAAAGGCCGACAGCUCCAGUGUCCUCCCGAGCCCUCUGUCCAUCAGCACCCGGAACAGGAUGACCUUCCUCUUCGCCAACUUGAAGGACAGGGACUUCUUAGUGCAGAGGAUCUCGGAUUUCCUGCAGCAGACCACGUCCAGGAUUUACUUAGACAGAGAGUUUGUGGGGAGCUACUACAGUUCCGAUGACGAGGUGUACUCGCGGCCGAGCAGCCUCGUGUCCUGCAGCCCCCAGAGAAGCAGCAGCUCCGACACCGACGGCGAGCGCCCCUUCAACCUCAACGGCAACAGCGUGCCCACCGCCACGCAGACGCUGAUGACCAUGUACCGGCGCCGGUCCCCCGAGGAGUUCAACCCCAAGCUGGCCAAAGAGUUUCUGAAGGAGCAGGCCUGGAAGAUUCACUUUGCGGAGUACGGGCAGGGGAUCUGCAUGUACCGCACGGAGAAAACCCGGGAGCUGGUGCUGAAGGGCAUCCCGGAGAGCAUGCGCGGAGAGCUGUGGCUGUUGCUGUCAGGUGCCAUUAAUGAAAAGGCCACCCAUCCCGGCUACUACGAGGACCUCGUGGAAAAGUCCAUGGGGAAAUACAAUCUUGCCACCGAGGAGAUCGAGAGGGACUUACACCGCUCCCUUCCCGAGCACCCCGCUUUCCAGAAUGAAAUGGGGAUCGCCGCUCUGAGGAGAGUUCUCACGGCGUACGCGUUCCGCAACCCCAACAUCGGGUACUGUCAGGCCAUGAAUAUCGUCACUUCUGUGCUGCUGCUUUAUGCCAAAGAGGAGGAGGCCUUCUGGCUGCUGGUGGCUUUGUGCGAGCGCAUGCUGCCCGAUUACUACAACACCAGAGUCGUGGGUGCACUGGUGGACCAGGGCGUCUUCGAGGAGCUGGCCCGAGACUACGUGCCGCAGCUGUACGACUGCAUGCAGGACCUGGGCGUCAUCUCCACCAUCUCGCUGUCCUGGUUCCUCACCCUCUUCCUUAGCGUGAUGCCCUUCGAGAGCGCCGUGGUGGUGGUGGAUUGUUUCUUCUAUGAAGGAAUCAAGGUCAUCUUCCAGCUGGCCCUGGCCGUGCUGGACGCCAACGUGGACAAACUACUGGGCUGCAAGGAUGAUGGCGAGGCCAUGACGGUGCUGGGCAGGUAUUUGGACAGCGUGACCAACAAGGACAGCACGCUGCCGCCCAUCCCGCACCUGCAUUCCCUGCUCAGCGACGACGUGGAGCCCUACCCCGCCGUGGACAUCUUCAGGCUCAUCGGCACGUCCUACGAGAAAUUUGGAACCAUCCGGGCCGAUUUGAUCGAGCAGAUGAGGUUCAAGCAGAGGCUGAAAGUGAUCCAGACCCUGGAGGACACCACCAAGCGCAAUGUGGUACGGACCAUUGUGACGGAAACGUCCUUUACCAUUGAUGAGCUGGAGGAACUUUACACGCUUUUCAAGGCGGAACACCUCACCAGCUGCUACUGGGGCGGAAGCAGCCACGCGCUGGACCGGCACGACCCCAGCCUCCCCUACCUGGAGCAGUACCGCAUCGACGUGGAGCAGUUCAAGGCCAUGUUCGCCCUGCUCUUCCCCUGGGGCUGCGGCGCUCACUCCGACGUGCUGGCCUCCCGCCUGUUCCAGCUGCUGGAUGAGAACGGGGACGCCCUCAUCAACUUCCGGGAGUUCGUGGCGGGCCUGAGUGCCGCGUGUCACGGGGACCUCACCGAGAAACUCAAACUUCUCUACAAAAUGCACGUCCUGCCUGAGCCGUCCUCGGAUCCCGACGAGCCAGACUCUGCUUUCGAAGCCACGCAGUACUUCUUCGAAGACAUCACCCCCGAAUGCACGCACGUGGUUGGAUUGGGUGGACGGAGCAAGCCCGGCGUGGAGGAUGGCUUUGUCGCCGUGAGUCUAAAGCCAGACAAAGGGAAGAGAACAAACGCCCAAGAAAACCGUAAUUACCUGAGACUCUGGACCCCGGAAAACAAGUCCAAGUCGAAGAACGCGAGAGAUUUGCCCAAACUGAACCAGGGCCAGUUCAUCGAGCUGUGCAAGACCAUGUACAACCUGUUCAGCGAGGACCCGCACGAGCAGGAGCUGUACCACGCCACGGCCGCCGUGACCAGCCUGCUGCUGGAGAUCGGGGAGGUGGGCAAGCUCUUCGCCGCCACGCCCGCCAAGGAGCGCGGGGGGCCCGGGCGGAGGGGGGGCCCUGCCCCCCCGGGCGCGCUCUUCCCCAAGAAGGGCCCGGGCCGGGCCCCCGCGGAGGAGCCCUCGCCCCAGGAGCAGCCCUCGCCCCAGGAGCAGAUGGAGGACAUCAAGCUGGAGGACGACGCCUCCCCGCGGGCCGCCGCCGGCUGCGCCAUGCUGGUCUCGGACGACGACACCAAGGACGACAGCUCCAUGUCCUCGUACUCGGUGCUCAGCGCCGGCUCCCACGACGAGGACAAGCUGCAGUGCGAGGACAUCGGCGACGACACCGUGCUGGUCCGCAGCGGCCGCGGGGCCUCCGCCCCGGCCGCCGGCCUGGACCGGGACUGGGCCAUCACCUUCGAGCAGUUCCUGGCCUCCCUGCUCACCGAGCCCGCGCUCGUCAAGUACUUCGACAAGCCCGCGUGCGUGGGGGCCAGGAUCGCCAGCGCCAAGAACGCCCGGCUGACGGGCAGGGCGCCGCCCGCGGCCGGCGACUACGACAUCUCCGCCAUGUCGGGCUGA